GUGUGCGUAUUUAAGGAGUCGACCUGCUUCCUACACUCAUUCGUCCGCUCAAAGAAAAGGGAAAAAGAUACUCAAGACAACAUCAUUUUAAAUUUGUACAAGAUUAAAGUUUACAAUGCAUCGAGGAAUCAUCCUCGUCGUGACGAUGUUGGCCGUCCUGGCAGCAUUUCCGGCUGUGCGGGGAACGGCACACUUGACUUUCGACAAUACCACAGAGGCGAAUGUGACCCGGGAAGGCUGUGACAUGAGCGUCCUAUGCCUGGAGCUGCCGGAAGACUGCGACCCCGAGGGCAACACCGCCUGUUUGUUUACAUCCUUGAACGCAACCGCUCCCAUGGCUCCAGACGGAUUCAACCUGUCCGUUGGACUCAGUGGAAACUCUUCGGAAUUAAUCGCCUUCGGACUCACACAGAAUUUCUCUGAGGGAGUCACCCAACUGUUUGUCUGUGGAAUGAACGGCAAUGGGACUUUUUUCUUCCAAACCCUGGAGAGAAGGGAAAAUGGAACUCUGACGCCAAACGAGAGGAUCACGACUCAGAUCCGCAACAGAGUGGAAGGGAACAGCAUCCAAUGUGAAUUUACUAUUCCAAAUGUGAACACAAGCCUGAAGGGCGAGACUCUGGAUGGGACCACAGCAGUUGUCAUCCUGGGGAAUGGAAUGGUGAAUCAAACCAGCGCGCUGACCGAGUCCUUCGAUGCCAGGCUGAACAGCAAUCGGGUGAACCUCACCGACGCACAGGGCACUGUCAUCCUUCCAAAAAUUCUGAACAUCAACCGUGAUGGCUGUGGAAACGAGAAACUGUGCAUUGAGUCACCAAAAAAUUGUGACCCUCAGUCCACUGACACGUGUCUGUUCACGUCCUUGGAUACCACCACUCCCGCGGAUGAGACCUUUAACAUCUCAGUGGAGCUCGCCGGAGAGUCCACCGGAUACAUCGCUAUGGGAUUCACACAGAAUGCGUCGGAGGGUGUCACCAAUCUUUACAUCUGCGGCAUAAACAGCAGUGACGGUAACUCAUUUACGUUCCGAACACUGGACAGAAACAACACCGACGAUUCACUCACUGAAGUGGAGAGGCAAGUGGCCGAUCUCUGCGGUGUUGUGAACGGCAUGUCCAUCCAAUGUACUUUCACCAUCGUUGACAUGAACGCCACUGCCAUGACCAGAGAGACUGGAACCGUCAACUCCAUCUUGUUGGGAAACGGAACCAUAAACGGAAGUGUCAUUGAAACCUUUAACGUCGUCAGAGACAGCGGACCCUUGGACGUCACGGACCCCGCCGCUAACAUCAACAACUCUAUGUUGGAGGUGCUGGCCUUGAACAUUACCCGGGAAGGUUGUGGUGAAACUAAUUUGUGUGUGGAGAUCCCGAACGACUGCGACCCCUUGACCAACAACAUGUGUCAGUUCAUGUCGAGCAACGUCACUGUUUCCACGAUGACCAAUGUCUUCAACAUGACUGUCAGACUCAGCGGAUAUUCCAUGGGAUACUUCGCACUCGGACUGGCCCAGAAUGCAUCGGAGGGCACAAGCUCAAUUUUUGCCUGUGGAAAUGACACUGGGGGACCCUUCUUAAGAACUUUCACUAGAAACAACACUGAUGGCAAUUUUACUUCAAAUGACAGGGGCGUUACCGGUGCACGUUUUGAUGUGAGCGGUAGAUCCAUCGAAUGCGAGUUCACCAUAUUAAAUUUAAACGAUGUAGAAACCAGGGAGACCGACGGAGUCAUUGCAGACGUCAUAUUAGGAAAUGGAACGGUGAAUGGAACUAUGCUCAACUCCUUGACUGUCCUUCUGGUUGAGCGUGUGACCCUCACCACACCCACUGGUGAAAUCGCCCCCGCGGAGAUAGAGAAUGGUGCCCGGGCCGGAAGGAGCAGUGACGCUAUGCUGAUCCUGAUGAGCCUAGUCACACUGCUGGCUGCACUCCAAGGCUAAGAAGAGUGUAAAAGUGGCAGACGAGGAGGCCAUCCAUUCAUUCCAAUGAAUUACAGCGCUCUCAGUACGCCCGUGAAAACAUCACAUCGUGUGUUCUGAUCAUAUUUAGUUGUUUGUUGUUAUUUUGUCUGUUUGCAUGUCUUCUUUUUUACGAAACUGUGCAAAGAAGCCAUCGUGUGAGUGAGUGGAGCCGCAACGGCUCAUAUGAGGGGGGCAGUCAUCAUGAAAGCGGCUCAUUCGACUCAAUUAGACGUGUCUGGUCUGACGAGUUUGAACUGUUUGAGUAGAAACCCAGCCCUAAUAACAAUUAUUUGUUGUCUGUCUUCUUUUAUGUGCCAGAAAUGUGAAGUAUUUAUGGAUGCCAAAACCAUCAUGAAUAAAGUUUAAACUAUGAGUCACUCUA